AACGUUUUUUUGUUGUUGUUCGUCGGCUUUUGUUUGAGCACGGCGGAAUUCCGCCAAGCGAGGGACCGGAAGUGGCUUCUGGGGCCUCGCCGCACACGUGGGGACGGAGAGGAGCGCCGCGACUGCGACGACGACGAGAAGCAUGGGGAAGAAGACGCGCAACCAGCGCAAGGCGUCGUCGCUUGCGGAGCAGGCGGCGCAGGACGCCUUCUCGGGGGUCCCACACACCCUGGUGUUCUCACGCGGCACCCCGUCGCACACGCUCACGCAGCUCGUGACCGACACAAGGCGUGUCAUGCAGCCCUACACCGCCAGCAGCCUCAAGGUUGGCCGCAAGAACGUCCUCAAAGAUUUUGUAACCGUGUCCGGCCCCUUGGGCAUCACGCAUUUCAUGAUUUUCUCCAAAACUUUGGACGGCAUCAACCUGAAACUCGCGCGCAUUCCCAACGGACCGACAAUAACGUUCAAAGUGAAUGAGUACUGCCUGCACAGGGACGUGGUGUCUUCCAUCAAGAGGCACCGCAUGCACGAGGAGCAGUUCACGACGCCGCCGCUCCUCGUGUGCAACAACCUGUCGCGCGAGCACACGCACCUCAAGCUCACCGGCGCCAUGCUGCAGAACAUGUUCCCCAGCAUCAACGUGCACAAGGUCCGGCUGAACAUGAUAAAGCGCUGCGUCCUGUUUCACUACGACCCUGACACCAAGCUCAUGGACUUCCGCCACUAUAACUUGAGGGUGGUCCCUGUCGGCAUGAGCAAGGGAGUGAAGAAACUGCUGCAGGAGCGAUUCCCCAACAUGUCGCGGUUUUCAGACAUCAGCGACCUUUUGUUAAGGGGAGGGAACCUCUCGGAGAGCGAGGCGGAGGUGGAUGGAGACCACAACAUCACCGAGCUGCCCCAGUCUCUGGCGGGCCGCGGCAACAUGGCCGCCCAACAGAGUGCGGUGCGGCUCACGGAGAUCGGUCCCCGAAUGACUUUGCAGCUCAUCAAGAUCGAGGAGGGCCUGUGCCAGGGGAAGGUCCUGUUCCACGAGUUUGAGCACAAGUCGGAAGAUGAGCUCGCGAAAAUGCUGCGUCGACGCGAGGCGAAGCUCAUGCUGAAGGACGAGCGGCGGCGCAGGCAGGAGGACGACGUGAUGCGCAAAGUGGACGAGCGGGAGAAAAACCGGUUGCGCAGCCUGGCCGGCAUGAAGCGGAAGCUGUCCCAGGUGCAGGAGGCGGACAGCGACGCCGAGGACCCCUGCUCGUCCGGGAAGCCGGGCGGCGGCGACGCCGUGGAGGAGGAGGAGGACGACGAGGCAGAGUUCUACCGUCAAGCAGUCGGGGAGGAGCCCGACGCAGAUCUCUUCCCAGCCAAGAGACGAAAAACUUCGCACGAAAGAACUCCCAACCGCGGUUACGAUAGGAGCGCGAGGGGCCGCGCCGGGGGGAGGGGAGGGACGGGCGGCGGGACGAGGGGUGGGAGCUUUGGGAGUGGGCGCGGGGGCAGCGCCGACCGAGGGCUCGCUCGCAGGGGCAGGGGUGGCAUGCAGGGCGAGAGAGGCAGAGGCCAGCGGUCCCCUGGUGGUCGUGGUGGUCGUGGUGGUGAUGGUGGUCGUGGUGGUCGUGGUGCUGGUGGUCGUGGUGCUGGUGGUCGUGGUCGUGGUGCUGGUGGUCGUGGUGCUGGUGGUCGUGGUGGUCGUGGUGGUCGUGGUGGUCGUGGCAGUGAUGGUGGUCGUGGUGGUCGUGGUCGUGGUGGGAGUCCAGGGAGGGGUUUUUCUCGGGACAGGGGGGGUGCCGGAGGCGCAGGGGCGAGGUUCAGGACCCCAGAGGCUCGCAACGAGAGGUUGAGGAACAGCAGGCCCAAGGCUGCCAAGGGCUCGGGUGGGAGAGGUAGGAAGUUUAAGUGAAGCGCCAUCGCAGUGGAGCGAUGGGAGACGCCGGCGCGACACGCUGCUGCUGCUGCUGCAGCUGUUUGAGGGCGCUGUGCGGGCGACACGGGCAGCACGUUCAGACUCGACCCGUCGCCAUUCGCCACGGCCAGGACUGAGAGAGGCAUUGUCACAGUUUGGUAUCUUGAUUCAAGUAAAGAAUAUAACUUUUGUUUUAUUUGUACCAUAUUUUUUGUCUAGUCUACCUAGAAUGUUAUCGUACGUUCCCCGAGCCCAAACGUCGCAUUUACUUUUAAGAAAACCCACGAUUUAUUUUUAUACAAUGUAACGAUUCUCCCACCUUCCCGUGAAAUUAAUUAUUGAUAUUCGGGGUCACGAUUCAAGAUUCGAUUUUUUUAAAAUUGACAUUGCGCUGAAUGUAACGACCUCUUGUUGCCGAUUAAAAGAUCGAUUCCCGCUUGGGUGCGGAGGAUGUAUUGCGAGAUGGUAGAUCGACAUGAUCCCCUUCACAGCCCGGUGCCAUCUAUUUUCAACGAUGCCUCCGAGAAGGCCGUGUGGCUGAUGGAAUGUGCUGAACAACCUUUUCCGUGAAGGGACAGAUGUGUAACUGAGUUGUACCGUCUGCUUGUUCCCUGUUAUACGCUCCACAACGACGCAUGAUGAUUAUUUUUUUUGGGGCACAGGCAGGUGCUGUAGACUCGGUUAUCCACGUGCGAUUUAUCCGACUUGAGGAUUAACCGCGCACCUGAGAUUUUUUUAAAAUGAAUAACUCGUGGAUUUUCCCUUAAGCCCUAAUUAAUAAUCUAAACACUGUUACACAUUGUUAUUCUUGGAAAUGUUUAUUACAAUUCACACGGUGCUUAAACCGAACAUAUAUGUGCUCUGGUUAAUCCGAAAGCCACGUGAUCGCCUCUACAGUACAGUAGUUGUAGUUCUUUACAACAGUGGGCGGAGUUUGAUUGCUGUUGAUUGGCGUGGCUCUGCUGCUGUCCACUUGGUGGGCCGAGUCUUCUGUGAGGGAGCAGGAAAAUUCCGUCACUGAGCACGCGCAUCAAUCAGUCGAUUCUUUCCUUCAAAUGUUUCUUUUUGUUCAUUAACAAACAAAAUUUUCUUUACUUCAAAAUAAUGCUUACCUUUAUUAGUGGGUUUUUUGGCAUAGAGAUCCACGGAAAAUGUAUCCUUUUUGGAUUAUCCGCGAUUUUUAAUUAUCCCCCGGCGUCCUCCCUGUCAUGAACGCGGAUGAUCGAGAGUCGACUGUAGUUGAGUGGCCAAGAGGAGUGGUGAAGACGGACGGAGAUCGCUUGGCGUUAGGGCAGGGAGGUGGUGGGAGUGAGUGCGUAACGUUGAAGCGUCUCACGCGCUUGAGUGGAAAGUUGUUGGCAGCACGUUGUCUUCAAAUUGAGAUGAAAUGUGGGAAUAAAUCUUCCCCUUUUUAACUGAGAAA